ACACUCACCCUACACAAACACACAUCCUAUCUCCACCUUUGGUUCUGUCUUUGACUGACAGGCGGAAUGAUAGAUACUGUGCAGCUAUUUGCCACUGAUGAAAGCGAGUCUUGAGUUGGGUUGAAGUUCAGUCUCUCGAGCAGAGGGAACCACUAGAACAGUAGAACCACUAGAACAGUAGAACCACUACAACAGUAGAAGCAGAUCACAUAAUGACGACAGUGUUCCAAUGUCGUCUCAUCCGGGGGUAUAUCCUCUGACGUUCUCUCUUUGUCUCCCUCCCUCCAGUGGACCAGAUCUAUCACCUGGCCUCCCCUGCCUCUCCCCCCAACUACAUGUACAACCCCAUCAAGACGCUGAAGACCAACACCAUUGGAACCCUCAACAUGCUGGGAUUAGCUAAACGGGUCGGCGCUCGUCUCCUCCUGGCCUCAACGUCUGAAGUGUACGGAGAUCCGGAGGUGCAUCCCCAGAAUGAGGAGUACUGGGGGCAUGUGAACCCCAUAGGGCCCCGGGCCUGCUAUGAUGAGGGGAAGCGUGUGGCUGAGACCAUGUGCUACGCUUACAUGAAACAGGAAGGGGUGGAGGUGCGUGUGGCUCGCAUCUUCAACACGUUCGGCUCCAGGAUGCAUAUGAACGACGGGCGCGUGGUCAGCAACUUCAUCCUGCAGGCGCUGCAGGGAGAACCCCUCACUGUUUACGGUAGCGGAUCUCAGACCAGAGCCUUUCAGUAUGUGAGUGACCUGGUGAAUGGUCUGGUGGCGUUGAUGAACAGUAAUAUCAGCAGCCCCGUCAAUCUAGGGAACCCAGAGGAACACACCAUCCUGGAGUUUGCCCAGCUCAUCAAGAGUCUAGUGGUGAGCCACAGUCAGAUCCAGUUCCUUCCCGAGGCUCAGGAUGACCCACAGAGGCGACGCCCUGACAUACGCAAAGCCAAGAUGAUGCUCGGCUGGGAACCUGUGGUUCCCCUGGAGGAGGGUCUCAAUAAGACCAUCCAGUACUUCAGCAGAGAGCUGGAGCACCAGGCCAACAACCAGUACAUCCCCAAACCCAAGGCGGCACGCAUGAAGAAGGGACGACCUCGCCACAACUGACCUCCUGGGGUCAGUGGGGGGGGGGGGGG